AUGGCUGUCGCUGUUUCAGCUCGAUCUCACCAAGUCAGUAGCAGCCUUCCCGCUGAUUAUGCAGCUACUGCCUUGAAUGUGUCGUCCAAUCCCAGCCGUUCCUUACACGAUGCUGCAUCCUCAUUUGCGGAUCUUGUUCUCGGCGCUUCCAGCAAUCGCGCUGUACCAGAAGCAGGGCCUGACGGACACUCCGCAUCUCACGCCGCUUCUCACGCCGGGAUUCCCCGACAAUCCGCGGCUCGUGAAGUAGCUUCACCCGAAGCUGACCUGUCAGCACAGCUGUCCGUCGCGGACCUGCUGACGUGUCUCUCUCGCAUUGAAGAGCGGUCCGAGCAGGUAAAGGCAGAGAUCAUACAGGAGGUGGAAGGCAGACACGAGGAGCUCCGCCAGCUGAUGUGGCAUGCCUGCCAGGCUGGUGAUGACGUGGCGGUUCUGCUGGCUGAGGUGGAUGCCCUGGCUGCCAGCGUGUCACCAACAGAAGCUACCGAAUUCGGACGUAGAGGAAGGGAGGGAGGAGGGAAUCAUGCUCCUGGCUCGGGACCAGCAUCGGCAACUGGCUCGGGGACAGGUCUAGGCUCGGGAGCAGCGUUAGGGUUCGUGGAGGAGGUGGUAAGGGCGACUAAUGAGGUGCGAGCGUUGAAUGAAGCAGCCAAUGAGAAAGCAGAGAUUCGGAAAGCAGUAGAGGAGAUUGUUCAGCUUCAAAAGAAGCAAGCGGAGAUGCAGGGCGGAGAGGAGGAGCAAGGAGAGGAGCCUGUGGUGGUGACGCUGCUGCGACAGCAAGUGGACGCCAGCUGUAAACAGCUGCAGCACAGCUUGGAGCAGCAGCUGUGGCAGAUGCUGGUGAUCGACCCUUCCAGCCACUCCAUCCGUAUAGUCACAUCCGCUGCACUCACAUCCGCUAGUACUGCUUCUGCUCCUGUUGUGCACUUACCAGAGGGCGGCACCAUCAGUGGGAGUGGCAGCGGGGGCAGUAGCAUUCGACUGCAGCGGCUGGCGGCGGCCCUCUGGCCUCGCAUGGCCGACAGUAUCAUUGAGAGGUGCCUUGCUCUGGCUGUGCCUCAGGAGACGAGGGAGCUAGCCCGCUUUCAGGAGGUGGUGGAGGUGACACGGGCAUUCGAAACAGCCCUCCGAGCGGAGGGGUUCCUUGCACCACUGCCGAAAGCAUCUGCAGCACUCAAGGAGAUGAAGCUUCGUGCAGGGGGGGCAGCGAAGCGAGCAGCAGCACCAGUGGGGGACAGGCUGAUGGCGUAUGCUGCUGACGUGGACGUGCACUUUGCAGAGAAGAAACGAGUGGCAGCUCUGGCAGCUAAUAACUCGGUAUUCUACUGGGAGCCGUGCCACGUCAGCGAGCCAGUGUGCAAGAUCCUCGAAAUCGUUCACAACACCAUGGAGGAAGCUUCCCAGUCUACGGAUCUCGUCACUGCUCCCUCCCUCUUCCUGCUUGUUCCCUCAUUCCCAAUGGCAAUGGCAAUGAUAGCAGCCAACAUCCGCCUGCUGCUGAGCCCCUUUGGCCUCUCCUAUUAUGUGACCUUCCCCUGCCGCUUCUUUCUCCCCUCACUCCUUCCCCUGUGUUCCAUCAUUCCCAAUGGCAAUGGCAAUGAUAGCAGCCAACGUCCGCCUGCUGCUGAGGCGAGGCUGCCUUUCCUUUUGCGUGGAAUAUUUCUGCUCCUUCCCUUCCUCUCCGAUUGUUCCCUCAUUCCCACCCAUCCCUCCCAAGCAGCCUAUGGACGUGGCACAGCUGGCAAUGAUAGCAGCCAACCACCGCCUACUGCUGAGCUGAGCAACGUCUGCCUCUCCCAUUCCCACCCAUCCCUCCCAAGCAAUGAUAGCAGCCAACCACCGCUUACUGCUCGGCCUGUGGACGUGGCACAGCUGGCAAUGAUAGCAAUCAACGACCGCCUGCUGCUCAGCCACGUGUGCCUCUCCCUCGCGCUGCAGUACCGCGCGCGCCUGCCAGCUGGCGUGCGCCACGUGGCCACCUUUGCUGACGUGGCGCCGUUCCUGCGCCAGCUGGCGGAGGAGCAGAUGCAGCGCGUGCUGGAGAGGCACCACGGGUAUUUGAUGGAAGCUUUGGAUGGGGCACAGGGGUUCAGAAACACGGAUGAGGAGGAGGUGUAUCGCUGUGCCUUGCGAGCUCUGAAGCAGGCGGUACACCACCUCGCGCACCUCUCAUCUGUGUGGCGGCCAGUCUCACCGCCCUCACGCUAUCUCCGAGCCAUGAGUCGCCUCGUCUCUGCUGUGCUCUCCCGCUGCUGUGCGCACGUCCUCGCACUGCCCGACAUAUCUGUUGAUGAAACAGAGCAGCUUCGCAAGCUCUUUGCAGGGAUGCUGACACGUUUGCCUCCUCUGUUCCACGUGGGCCUCUCUGGAGCCAUUAGCAGUGCCCAUGGCGCCACGUCAGCAUCUGUAGCUGCAGCUGCUGACCUGGAUGCUGACGUGUCAGAUGCCGUUGCUGACACAGCAACUCUUGAGUCUCUCGUUCCUGUGUAUCGCAAGCUGAAAAGACUAACAGAUUUGCUUGACAUGCCAUUAGUGGCAAUCACACAGGCGUGGGAGAGUGGUGAUUUGUGCCGCUGUGGUUUCACCUCCGAUGAGGUGCAACAAACCAUUCGAGCCAUAUUCUCAGACACCCCUCUACGGCGGAACUGUACUGCCAGAGUGGCUGCUACAAUGCCUCCCACUGCCUUUCAAUGA